GCGGAUCGGGUUGAGCGGAACAGCUAGACCGGCGCAAACACGAUUUCAGAUCUAAAAUAAUCAGGUUGGCAGCGCGCAGGGAUGGGGUCAAGUUUUGGGACGCUGGCGGUGGGGUGGAUGUGGGUGCCACAUGGUGCGUCAGACUGCAUGACGGGUGGCUCGAGUGCGACAGGGGUAGCAGGUACCUUGAAGCUUCAAACCGGUUCCUGUUCCCAGGCCGCUUUUCUCUUAUUAACGAAUUGCGCCGUGGCUCUGGACUCGCAACAAUUCCCGAAGCACAUUCAGCUCGUUACGCAUCACCCGUCUAACUAUUUCCCACCCACCCAAAGACCAUCCAAACAGCACCAUGGCGGACACAGUUGAAGAGACCAAGCAGUCUGUCUCCGGAGAGGGAAACGCGGAUGCCAACGCCUCGGUAGGCGCAAAGGGCAGUGCGGAAUCAUCGAGUAAGAAAACCGAAAGGAAGACGCCGAAGAAGCUGGGCGGAAAGAAGCCUCAACAGCAGCCCACUCCUGACGCCACUCCUGCCCCCGAAAGCGAUGGCGAAGGGAAAGCUGAGCAAGAGGACGCAGAAUCCAAGAAGCAAACCAACGGCGGCGACGCUGACAACGAAUCCGACGAACCCCAACAAGAAAAGUCAAAGUCGCAAUCGAGACGCCGCCAGUCGCGUGGCCGCGGCCGACGAGGCGCAGAUUCCGGUGCCGAGUCUGAUGCGCGAUCCGACGUGUCCCAAUCUGGAGGCCGUCGCAACCGCCAGCGCCAAAAGAAGGGCGGCAAGGGUGGAGGUCCGCUAGACGACAUCACCGAGAACGUGCCUGGAGCCGAUGCACUUGGCGGAGCCGGCGACAUGGUCCAAAACACUGCUGGUAACGCCGUCAACCAAGUUGGAGACACUGCUGGCAAGGCCCUCGGAGGUCUCACUGGCGGCGGCGGUGGUGAAGAGGAGGGUGGAAAGGACGGAGGCGAGCAGCUGAGGCUACGCCUUGAACUCAACCUCGACAUUGAGAUCCAGCUGAAGGCCAAAAUCCACGGUGAUCUCACGCUUGGACUGCUGUAAGUCAAGCCUGCAGCCAUUUAUCACCGAAGCCAAAUGCUAACUUUACGCAGUAACUAGGAGUCGACCGAUGAUGAAUGCACGAAACGCAUCGAUUGCUAUAAUGGGAGAUCACAACGGCGUUGGAUUUGGAGUUUUGCAUGUAGUGUUACGAUACGUAUUGCAGUAUAUACCACAUAACAAAUGACUUGCACCAUUAUUACCUGUCGAACUAUUGCGCUGACAUGCUAACGGGUUGGUGUUCUUGGUUGUCGAGUCUCAG